CUCAAAGCGAAAGAACUACACGGAGGUCCAAAGCCGUAGUCGCGAUUUGUGCCAAUUUUAGUUCAGUUAUAUAGCUUAUCGUUUGAGAUACCGACGCUGAAAAUAAAGGCAUGACUUUAUCAACGGUCGGCUGGGCUCUGCAGCUUUUGGGGAUCGCGUACGCCGUGUUCGUUCUAUCAGAGGGUGUGACACUGACCCUCACCCCUGACCAGGGCACUACUCUCAACAUCAGCCAGAGUUCAGAGCGCAGCAGGGGGUCAAAGUGUACGGUAUGCACCGGUACAGGCUUGAAGAAGUCCUGCUCCAGGGCUGGAAGUGAUUAUGUGGUGCUGCUGACAGACCCCAAAGCUGCUGUGAACAUGGUGUUCACCUGCACCAAACCAGAGGAAGUCUUUACUGUGGAGGUGGUCAGGGAAAUAGAUUGUACCACAAAGUCCUGUAAUGGGGACAUCACCCCCAUUGAGUCUAGAACCGGUACGCUUCCACUCCAGAACUUCAACCGUACCUUUAUCUGGAACCUGAAGGCCCCGGUUCCACGGGCGUUCCAUUUGGACUUCACCCAGAUGGGGUUGAGACAGAUCCUGGCCUCUGAAAUAUGUCCAGACCAGCACACGUAUACCCUGCUAGCCCUCCAGAGGACAGGGGAGGCUGCCAUCGGGACGUACUGCAGGAACGGCAGCAUCUCUGGGGCUCAGGUCUUGAACCAGGGCAGGCUCUCUCUGGAGGUCACUGGAGGACGGGAACUGAACCCCACCAUGUUCAACGUGUCUGUUGGAGAGGAAAUCAAAUCACUUGCUGUCCUCAAAGUGACUUUACCGGAAGGGACGUCAUCUUCGGAGUUGCUCUCUCCAAACUACCCGAAUAGUUUCCCUGACGAUGACCUGAUGGAGUGGAAGUUUGUGGUCCCUCCCAAACACAACGCUACGGUUGUCUUCCUGGGUCAGACCCAGCCGCAGUGCCUGAAGAAGGAGCCGGCUGUGGAGUAUCACUACGGUAACGGGCGGUUCGCGGUGGUGAAGAAGCUGUCGGACCCCCAGCCGGCCCAACGUCGGGACUCCUUCUCCCUGAUCCUAAGGAACUGUGAGAUGAACAGGAUCGGGGACGGCUCCACUGGUCUCUCCCUCCACUUCAAGGUUUCAGCCAAGAGGAGGAGUCUUCCAGUGUUGUGCAACGUGGACCUGAGGAAAGAGCGGGGGCUUUCCCUCCAUAUUGAGAAGACUAACCUCAUGUCUGACUGUGAGCUGAAGCUGAACUCUGUCAUCCAGAAGAAAAUCACUGUUCCCUCAGGGAAGAUCUCUCAGCUGUCCUUCCAGGACUGCCGAAGUCAGGAGCUGCUACUGACCGCCAUCAGAAUCAUAGAGUGCCGUCAGUGGAGGGGCUGCCCAGCAGCAGCAGCCCCUGUCCCUCUGACGGUGCCCGUCCUGGAGAGGUGUCUUCCCGCCCCCCUGGGCAGUGUCACCUGGAUCCUCCGUCCCCCUCAACAUGGCACGGUAGAGCUCCUGCCCACUACUGGCAACCUGAGGCAGUCCCUGCCAGAACAACCCUGCAACGGCUCUGUCACUCUCACCGUGGCCGAGGACGAUGACGGCACCACCGUGGGUCAGUUCUGCCCUCAGGGAGCCAUACACAAAGUCCAGGUCCACACCAAUGUGUCCAUCACAGCUUCAGCCUCGACCAUGGGAGGCAAAGAGAGGUGGCCAUUCUCUCACCCUUUACUCAACAUCUCCUUCACGAGGGAGAUUGCAGAGAGAUACAUAUUCACGGUAUACCCAAUGAAAGGAGUACCAACUCUCCUUGCCACCCCUAGUUGGCCUGUGGGAAUGAAGUCCUACUCCACUGUGUCCUGGAUCGUCAAUGUCCCCUCCAAGCUGGAAGCCCACCUCAUGUUCGACAACAUCAGCCAGCCCAAGUGCAGCAACCGCCACACGGGCAUCAGGGUGCAGAUCCUGGGCUCCCUGGAGGAGAUGUACAGCCGGCGGGAGGACGAGAAGGCAGGCAGGAAGAUCAUUGUCUCAGAGAGCUUCUACCUCAACAUGUCCAACUGUAUGCCUGAGAGAGGAGACUUCAGCAUGCUCACACGGAUCACACUGCACAAGGAUAAGAACCUGCUUCUGACCAGCAUUCUGAGUGCGGUGGCUGCUCUGCUGGUUCUCAUGGUGGUUGUGUUGGCUGUGGUUUGUGUGGUGAUCAAGAAGAAGAAAAGGCAGCUGUCUCACCAAGUGUCCACCUACAACCCCAACGGUACCAGCUUCCUGCCAGGGCACAACGGAAGUUUCCCCAAAUCACGAAAAGACAACGAGUCCCACAUCUAUGCCUCGAUCGAGGACACACUUGUAUACAGCCAUCUCCUGCGAGAUGGGGCAGAGAUGGGUGUCUAUGGAGACCCGGCUGUGGAUGUGUACCAGAGCUUUACUGGGCCCACAGAGACUAAGCCCCUCUCUCUGGGGACAGUCUCUGAACAUCCAGAGGUGGGCAUCUACCAGCCUUUUGUGCCCCCAUCCCAUUUUGCCCCACCCGUCCCCAAUAGACCCUUAAGUCAAGCCCAGCAGCCUAUGGUGGACAAUGAGCUGUACGGCUCCAGAAGAAAUGGUGACACCCCUGCACAGUCUCAACCGAACAAUAUGAACACAGAGCAGGCUCCAACGGUGGAGCCAGAGGCUCAUGACUGAAAGGGAGUGGACUGUAGGUUGGGGGUAUAUGCCAAGCACAGUACCAUAGCCCUUCUAUUCAUAGCAUGCACAGUACCAGUCAAAAGUUUGGACACACCUACUCAAUCAAAGGUUUUUCUUUAUUUUUACUAUUUUCUACAUUGUAUAAUAAUAGUGAAGACAUUAACUAUGAAAUAACACAUAUAUAAUCAUGUAGUAACCAAAAAAGUGUUAAAAGUGUUUGAGAUUCUUCAAAGUAGCCACCCUUUGCCUUGAUGAAAGCUUUGCAUGCUCUUGGCAUUCUCUCAACCAGUUUCACCUGGAAUGAAUAUAAAUUAACAGGUGUGCCUUGUUAAAAGUUAAUUUGUGGUAUACAUUUUCUUAAUGCAUUUGAGACUAUCAGUUGUGUUGUGACAAGGUAGGGGUGGUAUACAGAAGAUAUCCCUAUUUGGUAAAAGACCAAGUCCAUAUUAUGGCAAGAAAAGCUCAAAUAAGCGAAGAGAAACGACAGUCCAUCAUUACUUUAAAACAUGAAGGUCAGUCAAUCCAGGAAAAAUUCAAGAACUUUCAAAGUUUUUUCAAGUGCAGUUGCAAAAACCAUCAAGUGCUAGGAUGAAACUGGUUCUCAUGAGGACCGCCACAGGAAAGGAAGACCCAGAGUUAACUCUGCUGCAGAGGAUAAGUUCAUCAGCCUCAGAAAUCGGUAAUUAACUGCACCUCAGAUUGCAGCCCAAAUAAAUAGAGUUCAAGUAACAGACACAUCUCAUUAUCAACUGUUCAGAGGAGACUGCGUGAAUCAGGCCUUCAUGGUCUAAUUGUUGCAAAGAAACCACUACUACAGGACACCAAUAAAAACAAGAGACUUGCUUGGGCCAAGAAACAAGAGCAAUGGACAUUAGGCCGGUGGAAAUCUGUCCAUUGGUUUGAUGAGUACAAAUUUGAGAUUAUUGGUUCCAACUGCCGUGUCUUUGUUAGACGCAGAGUAGGUGAAUGGAUUAUCUCUGCAUGUGUUGUUCCCACCAUGAAGCAUGGAGGAGCUGUGAUUGGGUGCAUUGCUGUUGACACUGUCAGUGAUUUAUUUAGAAUUCAAGGCCCACUUAACCAGUAUGGCUACCACAUAAUUCUGCAGCGAUACGCCAUCCUAUCUGGUUUGCACUUAGUGGGACAAUCAUUUGUUUUUUAACAGGACAAUGACCCAAAACACACCUCCAGGCUAUGUAAGGGUUAUUUGACCAAGAAGGAGAGUAUGUGCUGCAUCAGAUGACCUGGCCUCCAUAAUCACCUGACCUCAACCCAGUUAAGAUGGUUUGGGAUGAGUUGGACCGCAGAGUGAAGGAAAAGCAGCCAACAAGUGCUCAGCAUAUGUGGGAACUCCCCCAAGACUGUUGGAAAAGCAUUCCUCAUGAAGCUGGUUGAGAGAAUUCCUAGCGUGUGCAAGGCUGUCAUCAAGGCAAAGGGUGGCUGCAUUGAACAAUUUAAAAUCUAAAAUAUAUUUUGAUUUGUUUAACACAUUUUUGGUUACUACAUGAUUCCAUAUGUAUUAUUUCAUAGUUUUGAUGUCUUCACUAUUAUUUUACAAUGUAGAAAAUGUUCAAUGUUGUAAUUUUUUAAAAUGUAGUUUGAACAAUAAGGACCAGUUUCAUUGAUGUAGAAAUCCUAGUCUUGGACUAAAAAGCAAUUCGUUUAAUCUGUUUAAUCUGGGUCCUGGAAACCGACCCUCAACUUUUAAAUAAUCUUAAUUUUGAGUUAAUGAUAAUAGAGAUGAACAUACUAUGUGUAUUUGUAUAUUUCAUUAAGUUUACAGUGAAUGUGUAGGAAGAUAAAAUGCAAAGGUAAAAAUGGAUUAUGUCAAAAUCCUAUUUUUUGCGCACAUACACACACACUUAAAUCAUAGUUUAUUCGUCAUAUGCACAGGAUACAGCGUAAACGGUGAAAUAAAAUGCUUACAUGCGAGCUUCCUCAACAUUGCAGAAAUAAUAAAAUGAGCGGUAAAACUAACGCAGUCCUGAUAAAGGAAUUUAUAUGUUUAAAGUAAUGACUAAAGAAUUCCACCCUGAAACCAUAUAAUUGUAUGAAAUGUGUGUGUGACUAGGCCAUGUGUGACUAGGCCGUGUUAUUAUGUAGCAAUGUGAGAGUUGAGACAACAAAGGACAACUGAAAUACAGAUGACCUUGUUGUAACUCUGAUAACUGACAACAGGAAAGAGGGCCCUUCCAAUGCCUCUCUAAUCUAGGGAGGAGAGGAACAGUGAGAAACUGCCAAGGCUGGUAGAAAAGUGAUAAAACUGUGUGUUUGUGUGUGUGAGGGGGGGAGUUAUAAAAUGACUGUUUUUGCAUUUCUGACUUCAGAGCUCUCUGAAUAAAGAAUUAACCUUU